UUCGACACGGCGACAUCCAAGAUCGACGGCGCCUUCAGCACCGCGACGUCGGCCAUCGAAGGCGCCAAGGACACGGCUACCUCGUUUGUCGGCGGCGCGUUCACCACUGCCGGUUCCGCAAUUGACGGCGCAAAAGACACGGCCACCUCGGCCAUUGCCGGCGCGUUUACUACCGCUACUUCCGCGAUUGACGGAGCGAAAGACACGGCCACGUCGGCGAUGGGCGGCGCGUUCGACACCGCUACGGCGGCGCUCGGCGGCACGAAGCCCACGGGCACCAGUUCCGCUAACGCUAACCGCGUGGCGGGCGUGAGCUUCGCGGGCCUUGUUGUCGUCGCUGUUGCCAUGGCGGUUUAG